AUGGGUUUUGGUGCUUUUGUUGGUAUAGCCUUUGGGUUUUUCAUAAUCUUUUUUGGAAUCUUUGUAGUUAUAUUACUUUGCAAAAAGGGAAUUAUCAAAGGACCAUGCACUCCUAAGCAUCUUCGAGAAUCUUCAAGUUCAUCUUCAAAGUCGAAGAAAAAGAAAAACAAAAACAUUACUGUUACAUCUCAACAAAACUAUCCUCAGCAAGGAUACCCACAACAACCUGGAUAUCCUCAGCAGCAAGGUUAUCCUCCUCAAAACUAUCCAUCUCCUCCAGGAUAUCCUCAAGACCCUUACCCGCCUCAAGGGAACUACCAGCAACAACCAGGAUAUCCUCCUCAACAAGGGUAUUAUCCACCGCCAGCUCAAAACUACCCGCCACCAGGAUAUCCUAGUGAUCCUAACAAUCAAGUUCCUCCAUCUCCCUAUGCUCCACAGAAUAAUGGUGCUCCAAAUUGA